AUGUUGAUGGUGGGAAGCGCCUGGGAAACUGAUAAGGAGGACGAACAGGUCUGUGGGGCUGUCUUUCAGUGUCGAGCUCGAGGAUUGAAGUUGGCAAUUUGGACGAGUGACUGUUCAGAUUCUGAGACAGUUAUGCGGAUAGGCGCCCGGAUGAGGACGAGGGAUUGUUCAGAUUUGGCGACAGUGAUGCGCAUAGGCGCCCGCCUGAUGUCUGUUGUCCAGCCUUCUGAACCCCUUUUCUACCAAACUCUGAUGCAGUCAAUUUGGACGAGUGACUGUUUAGAUUCUGAGACAGUCGUGCGCAUAGGCGCCCGCAUGAAGUCUGUUGUCCAGUACCAUGAACCUCUUUUCUACCAAACCGUAGAUGAACAGAAGUCUCUAUCAAGGGGUGUGCAUUACUUAUCUGUAAAAUUCAAAAUUGAAUAA